ACAACCAUCACAGCCACCUGCCCUGCCUGGCCGCCUACGUGGGCCUCCAUGUGCUGCUCUUUGCCCUGGCAGCUAGUGCGCGCCAGGCCCUCGGCGCCAGUGUCAUGGUGGCCAAGGGCUGCGGCCAAUGCCUCAACUUUGACUGCAGCUUCAUCAAGGUGUUCUAUUGGACCCACCUGUCCUACCUCCCAUGUCUGCACGGGCCCAACUUCUGGAAGUGGCUGCUGGUCCCUGGCACCUUGUUCUUCCUGGAGAAGGCCGUCGGCCUGGCCGCAUCCCGCAUGGAGGCCCUGUGCAUCGUGGAAGUCAAUCUCCUCCCUUCCAAGGUCACUCACUCACUUGUAUCUGAACAUCCCCACCAUCGCGCACCACGAGUGGCACCCCUUCACCAUCAGCAGCGCUCCUGAGCAGAAAGACACCAUCUGGCUACACAUCCAGUCCCAGGGCCAGUGGACAAACAGGCUGUAUGAGUCCUUCAAGAAAUCAGACCCAGUGGGCUGUGGUUCCGAGAGGCUCUCGAGGAGUUUGAAGAUGAGAAGGAGUCAGAGGAAGCCGCAGGGUUUGCAGCCCCAGCCCAUCCACACUGGAGCCUCGGCACAGGGCGCAAUGGCCUCCAACAAGGAUGUCUCUGUGGAGCUGAUGUCCUACAGGCCCAAGGGAACUCCACAGCAGGGGGAUGAAGGCCUGGUGUACGUGGGGACAAAGGACGGGGUUCAGGCACAGUGGGAAGCUGCAGCCGAGGACCUGGGCCGGGUCUCCGAGGUGUCCUCUGAGAACCACCGGUUCUGUAACAUCAAGUGCUACAUCGAUGGCCCUUACGGGACCCCCAACCGCAGGAUCUUCGCCUCCGAGCAUGCCGUGCUCAUCGGGACGGGCGUCGGCAUCACCCCCUUUGCUUCUAUCCUGCAGAGGAUCUUGUACAGGCACCAGAAGAGAACGCACAUCUGCCCCAACUGCCAGCACUCGGGGACGGAGGGUGUGCCGGAUGCUGACAGGAAGCUCCUCAAGGUGGACUUCAUCUGGAUAAACCGAGGCUAGCGGUCUUUCGAGUGGUUUGUGAGCCUGCUGACCAGACUGGAGAUGGACCAGGCCGAGGAGACUCAGGAGGAUUCAUAUUGAUGACUUCGAGAUCCUCC